GUAUAGAAAAGGAAAGCAGCAGCAAAGCAGGCGGUAGAGAGCUAAAGGACUGCGAGGUGGGCGAAAAUACUCAAGUGACAUGGCGUGGCAGCGUGACAAAACAGGGGCACUUUGGUUCACUGGAAGUGGUUUUGUCGCGACCAAAACAAAGAGCGAGGGGUCGAGUUAACAGUGUGGAGGGCUUAGCUUUUUAUCACCGCGCACUUGGAUUAUACCGGGGCUCUAUCUGCAGGAACAAGUCUGUGGCUAACAAGCUGCGAUUCACAUUAUAAAAGGUAGCUCAGCAUGAGUCGAGAUGGAUGGAUGAAGAAGAAAUCUCUUGCAGGCGAUGAUAAUGGCUGGGCUGAAAGGGGUGGCUAUAUGGCUGCCAAAGUUGCCAAGCUAGAUGAACAGUUUAAACUCUCUGCUCCCAGAGAAAAACACAAAGAAGGCACAUCCUCAGCUAUUUUCAGUGGAAUUGCAAUCUAUGUUAAUGGAUACACAGAUCCAAGUGCAGAUGAGUUGCGCAGAUUGAUGAUGCUACACGGUGGUCAAUUCCAUGUUUACUACCGUCGCUCCAAGACCACUCAUAUUAUUGCUAAUAAUUUGCCCAACAGCAAAAUUCAGGAUCUUAAAGGUGAAAAAGUUAUUCGACCAGAGUGGAUCACUGACAGUAUCAAGGCUGGACGACUCCUUCCAUAUUUACAGUACCAACUAUAUGCCAAAGGCAAAGGUGUGCUUUUCACAGGGAUAAAUGUUCGUCAAGAUACAAAUAUUGUAGAUCCCUUCCAAGCCCUACCUCAACCAAACGUCAGUCAAAAUCAUUUUCUGCCACAGCACAGCAAGCACUCAUUAAAUACUUACCAUAAAAAAAUAGGCCCUAAUCAUGCCAAAAACUAUGCCUGUUUACAACCGCAGUUUAGUUCCAGCGUAGCUCAGGACAAAAGACUUGGCCACCCACAACCUCAGAUAAAGUCACUCAGAUGUCAGAAUGGUGUGGACAUUAAAAUAAAUGGACAUGCUACAACGCUACUCGACACAAGCCAUUCUGCACUGGCUGCAAAUGAAGAUUCUUCACUGAAUGAAGUUCCUCUUACAAAUGGACACACUCGCCUCAAUAACGGUGCCUUAAAACAGGAGGAUCUCUCCCCUGUUACUGAGCCCUCUGACUUUUACUUGCUUGAAAGCAAGGCAAGAGGUCCAGACCACAAACAUUUUACUUCAAUAGGUCCUCAUUCAAAAUGGGAUCCUUACGAUUUCCCUCAUAGUCCUGAAACUCAGUCUGGAAAGGACUUUGAAUUGCAGGAUCAGCAUUGUGUUGAUGCUCUAAAUAAGGCAGAACCCAAAGCUAUAAAAAUUACUUGCUGUCCAUCUUCACAAGAGCCUGAGACAAGUCUCAAUGGUGAUUCUUGUCAAGAAAAUUCAUGUGUGUCACGUUUGAAUGGACAUUACCACAAUAUUUCUGACUGUUCCUCAGUGAACAAAAAUGAUUCCUUUACUGAGCAAACAUUGUCAAAGUCCUCAGAGUUGCAGGCUCAAACAGAUAAUUUGAUUUCUGAGUUCUACUCACAUUCGCGUUUACAUCAGAUCUCAACAUGGAGGACUGCUUUUUCUGAAUAUGUCAAUGAGCUUCAUUGCAAAAGAAAAACAUCAGAUACUACUUCAUUUUCUGGGGUGGAUCGGCUUAGAAAAAUGAAAGGACAAGGCAGCUGUGCCAGCCAAGGUUCAUCUGUAACUGUUAAGUCUUGCAUAUUUCAUGUUGACAUGGAUUGCUUUUUUGUAUCUGUUGGCAUUCGACACCGUCCAGACCUAAAAGGCAAACCUGUUGCUGUGACCAGUAACCGGGGACUAGGGAGAGUACCCCUGAGGCCUGGCGCCAACCCUCAGCUGGAAAAGAACUACUAUGAAGGAAAACUAAAUCACGCUCAACAUAGAAACGAGGAUGAGGAUCUACACAGAACUCCUUCACAAGAGAUACCUGACUUGCAUACUAAUGGUGUAGAACAGGAUGCUACUGCGCUUUCUAUGGCAGAGAUUGCAUCAUGUAGUUAUGAGGCAAGGAAGGCGGGUGUAAAAAACGGAAUGUUUUUUGGCAAAGCUAAACAGUUGUGUCCAUCACUACAAUCUGUCCCUUAUGACUUUGAAGCCUAUAAACAAGUUGCUCUCACAAUGUAUGAGACUUUAGCUAGUUACACUCAUGACAUAGAGGCUUUGAGCUGUGAUGAGGUCUUGAUAGAUGCCACCUCAAUGAUCAGAGAGUUGAAAAUAAGCCCAAAUGACCUGGCCAGUGCCAUAAGAGCUGAUAUCAAGGAGAAAACUGGAUGUUGUGCCUCAGUUGGAAUGGGUUCCAACAUUCUGUUGGCUAGGCUGGCAACACGUAGAGCCAAGCCCAACGGGCAAUAUUUUCUGAAAUCUGAAGAAGUAGAUGAUUUUAUCAGGGAUUUGGCAGUAACUAGCUUACCUGGUGUUGGGCCUGCUAUGGGCAGAAAACUUGCUGCAAUGGGGGUCAGGUCUUGUGGAGAUCUCCGACAAGUGUCCAUGUCUGUACUUCAAAAGAAGUUUGGACCAAGAACCGGCCAAACAUUGUUUCGUUUUUGCCGAGGCCUGGAUGACAGACCUGUUCGUUAUGAAAAGGAACGCAAGUCAGUUUCUGCUGAAAUGAACUACAACAUACGCUUCACCAGGAUUGAUGAGGCGGAGUGCUUCCUGACAAAUUUAUCCAUGGAAGUUCAAAAAAGAUUAAAAGCAGCUGGGUUACGGGGCCGCAGAGUAACCCUUAAAGUCAUGAUUCGCAAAGUGGGAGCUCCAAUAGAGCCUGCUAAAUAUGGAGGUCAUGGCAUAUGUGACAGCAUAGCCAGGACUGUGAUGCUUGCUCAGUCUACAGACAAUGGUCAACUUAUUGCAUUGGCUGUCAUCAAGCUUUUCCAUGCAAUGAAGCUGCAGGUCCAAGAUCUGAGAGGGGUGGGAAUCCAGGUCCAGCUGCUUGAAGGAAAUAACUCUGUGAAUCCAGACUCUCGCUCCAUCAAAGACUUGUUCACGCGACAGGGACUUCAAGCACAAUGUCCCAAAACAGGCACUGGACCCACAAAGGAAAAUACCACAGCGAUGCCUCAAGAAUCAUCCUCAGCCCCUGCCUCUUCUGUCGGGGCAGUUUCUGAAACAAGUAAAAGGGAAACUCUCACAACUCGACAUAAUCCUCAAUCACACCGUAGACUAAGCAUUGAUGUUCCCUCUCCUUCCCAGGUGGAUCGUUCUGUAUUAGAAGCGUUGCCUGCAGAUCUUCGAGAACAAGUGGAACAGUCAUGGACUUUUCGAGAAGUGAAAUUAAAUGGUGAUAUGUCCCUAAAUCCACAGCCUUCUCAUCCUUCUCCAUCUGACUCAACAAAGCCAUCUCCAACUGCAAGCAAAAUAAUAUUACAAAUACCAAAUCAACCAGAAAACACAGGAAUUGUUUUAGAAUUGCCCAACUUCUCACAGAUUGACCCGGAGGUCUUUGCUGCCCUACCCAAAGAGCUGCAGGAUGAGAUUAAGUCUGCCUACAGCCGAACAACCAAUCAAAAAGAGCAAGCAUCCGAGGUUAGAAAUCCACUGUUACAGUUGAAACAGGCAGGAGUCGGUCCUGUUCGCGUUAAGAGGCAAUACAAGAGGAAGAACAACUCAAGUCCAGCUAAAAAUGGCCCUUCUCCUCUUAAGAAACGACCAUUGACCAACAGUCCAGCUAAAAUCCUUCCAUCUCCAAUAAAGCUGGGAGAACCAAUUGACAGGCUUAAGACUGAAAAUAGUUCCUCAAAGCAAGACAUCCCACAGUCUGCAGCAGUGUCUCGUGCUUCUCCAACACUGGCUGGAGCCUCUGAAUGGACAGACAUUAAAACUCUUCUGCGGGAAUGGGUCACUACUAUCACAGAACCAAUGGAGGAAGACAUACUUCAAGUUGUGAAAUACUGUACUGAUUUAAUUGAGGACAAAGAUCUGGAGAAGUUGGAUUUGGUCAUAAAAUACAUGAAAAGGCUUAUGAAGCUGUCAGUGGAGUCUGUUUGGAGUAUGGCUUUUGACUUUAUUGUAGACAAUGUUCAGGUCGUUCUGCAGCAAACAUACGGUAGCACUCUCAAGUUGGUGUGAUUGAAAGUGGCAAUUAAGGUUUGAAGCCCAAUGUCACCAUAUAUGGACAUCCUCAGGAGUACACUCACUUUGGUAAAGUACAUUUUCUCAAAAUGGUGUGCUGCCAGUUUGAUUUACGGGUUUCCCUAUUGGCCAACCACUCAUAAACAAUAUACCAAAACCAGUUAACAAGAGACAAGUGUGACAAAGUAAAGCUGCCAAAGUGAAUUCUUGUAAGGCAACUUUUUCCACCUAAUGAGAGUAACAAUAAAUGCUGGUAAUUCAUUUUAUACAGCAUUAUACAGAUUUAGCACUUUGUAAAAUAAUGCAUCCAUUUUCUAAAAUAUUUGAAAUUUUAUAUGUGCAAUCACGCCUCAAAACAUUUUUAUUCUUUAACUACUCACCAUGACAUUUUUUCCUCUUAUUUCUGACAGUUUGUACUGUGAGAGGCUAUACAUUCUCACCAUGUGUUGACCUCUGAAGAUUGUAAUGGACAGUAUUUUUAUUUUAUAUUUGAAUUAGUUUGGUCAUUCCAUCAUUCAGUAGGAAUGUAACAGUGAUGUAACAUAAUUUCCAGUGAAAAUGUUUAAAAUUUUACUACUGGGUCAAAAAAAGCAGCCAGACAAAGGCUGCAUGAGGUAGUAUUCUUUUUUUUUUUUUUUUACCAAGUGCCAAACUCUGUUAUGUGUAAAUAAUGUAAACUCAUGUAAAUGUUUAUAUGUCCUGUAUUUGUUUUACGUGUAGUGAAUUCUUAGUAACUGUAUUCUAAAUUUGUAAUUAUUUUUACUUGAGUACAUGAAUGUUUCCACUACUUUCUAUGGGAGGCAGAAGCUGGCUAAAGCGCUUCACUAAGGUCAAAUAGUCAUAUUUGUAAGCACUGUUGAGCUAAAACAAUUUUACAGGGGCUAUGGCAAUCAAUAAUUAGCCUAUGCAUUUUAUUUCAGCAAAUAAGAUGUCCUUUCAAGACCUCUAACAUUUCAUACAGCAUUUAUAUUGGAGUAAAUUUUAUAAACUUGAAUAUGUACCACUUUUGGAAUUUAACUUUUAAUUCUGUGUAUCUCACCUGUGUAUUGUACAUGUAGAAAGAAAUUUUGACAGUACUUCCUGUAUUUCUACUAAGUUAACAUUUGAGAGGUGAUGAAGAUGCUUUUUUAAUCAGAUAUUGACAAACCAACCUAUGAUUACAACAAGCAAAUAAAAUAGUUUGCUCUGAAAAGUGAUAAUGAAUGUAAUUCAGAAUGUGCAGAUUUUUGCUCACCUCAAAGAUGUUAGCUUUCUCUGUUACGUUUCUAAAGGGAAUGGCCAAAAUAAAACGGUCUGUCUUGCCAUUUCCUUUCUGGCUGGUGCCUGAAGACCUGAAGCUGUGAACGUUUGUAAGUUUUUUAAGUCUUUGUAAAUAAAUUGUCAACUGUGA